GCGAGCCGACUCGGAUCUGGAAACAGUUAGUGUUUAGAUCUUACUCUUUCGACUCUAUUUGUACAAGUGAUUUGUUAGCAAAUAUUUAACGCAAUGCGUGUAAACAUCUGUUGGUGCUGAGAAACCAAUGCGAUUGUUGCCACUACUACCGCCACUGCUGCUGCUGCCUAUGCUCCUGCUUCGGAUAGCCACUGGCAAGGCCGCCAAUGAUGUUGGCGCACGCAUUGUGGGCGGCAUCCCGGUGGAUAUAAGUAGUGUGCCCUACUUGAUCAAUCUACGCAUCUCUGGAAAUUUCAUUUGUGGCGGCGCCUUGGUUACACCCACUCAUGUGGUGACGGCGGCUCACUGUGUGAAAGGUGUGCCUGCAAGCAGACUUCAAGUGGUGGGUGGGGCGACACUGUUGACGGAUGCAACAGGUGUGCGUAGGAAUGUGGCCAAAGUUUUUACCCCAAAAGCCUUCAAUAUGCGCACCCUGCACUCUGAUGUGGCUGUGCUGAAGCUGGCGUCGGCGCUGGAAGGUAACAACAUUGCCACAAUCCCAUUAUGCAACACCAGCUGGCAACCAGGUGAACUGAUAAAGGUCUCCGGGUGGGGCAAAACGAAAGAGGGCAGUAAACGUAUCUCCCAGCACGUGCGCAGCGUUGACGUGCCCCUAGUCUCACGGAAGAGCUGCAUCAGCCAGUACAAAAUGCGAGGCACCAUUAGCUCAACCAUGUUCUGUGCCUCAGUGCCGGGCGUUAAGGAUGCCUGCGAAGGCGACUCUGGUGGCCCAGCCGUCUAUCAGAAUCAACUAUGCGGCAUUGUUUCUUGGGGUAUGGGCUGUGGCAGACGCAACUAUCCUGGUGUUUAUACAAGUGUCAAAACUGUUAGGAGUUUUAUUGAUAAGGCUUUAGGGAAGUAAGCUUACCAAAACAAAAAACCGAAUAAUAAAUGUGGAGGACAAAUAAGAUAUAUGGAGCUCAUAUUCACAGAUCAAAUUGCUUGCAGCACCACCUCAAACCUUUGCCAUAUAUUGCCAACCAAACAG